CAGGGCUCUGGCAGGCAGGUGAGGCAGUCAAACACUUGACAAGACUCUAAUCUGUGUCCAUCUGAAGGAGGAACUAUAGGCUUUAUCGCCUCUAGCUUCGAUCGGAUUGUGUCAAGAUAUGUUGAAACUGGAAAGCGUGACAGGAUCUUAACCAAACUAUCCCCAUGUCGAAUGGGUGGCUGCAGUUCUUGCGCUCGGAUUGGAGUUGUUCUCGGUGGGAGGGUGCGGUGGGGGUCCGUUGCUGAUGCUGGGCAGAUUGCGUUUAUCUCCGCAUCUCUGCUCCGCUACCCUUAAUGCUGCCACUGGAUGGCUGCGCGACGCAGAUCGACGUGAGAUUAUUUAUUGAAGACUUCAUUUGAUUUAAAAAGCAAGAAAACAAAUAAAGCUAACAAUGACAGACAGUACGACUUCAGAUCUGUGUCCUGUUCCCAAUCCGACUAUUGUGGACCCUUCGGCUGUGCGAAACGGACAAUGCGCUGCUGCCCAGGAUCCAAACCUACCCAAACGAGGGAGCCAGGGCGACCCUUUUAAUGUGGACCAGGAUCAGGAGAUGAAAAUCACAGAUAGCGUUGAGGGCCAAGGUCUGUUGGAAAGCAGCAUGCGCCUGAAGCCUCAUGAGGCUCAGAGUUACAGGAAGAAAGCCCUGUGGGUGUCCUGGAUCUCCAUUGUGGUGACGCUCAUCCUGGCAGUGGCAGGUUUCACUGUAUCCUUCAUGAGACACAGUGCUUCAGCAUUUGGAUUUGCUUUUGAUGCGACGUUAGAUGUGCUUUCCUCCAUUAUAGUGCUGUGGCGCUACAGCAACGCUGCAGCAGUGCACUCGGCCCAUAGAGAAUACAUAGCAUGUGUGAUACUGGGAGUGAUCUUCAUCUUAUCAUCUCUGUGUAUUUUGGGGAAAGCCAUCCAUGAUCUGGCCACCAAACUUCUACCUGAAGUGGAUGACUUUCUGUUCAGCGUUUCUAUCGUCAGUGGCCUCAUGUGUGUCAUUCUUGCUGUUGCCAAGUUCAUGCUGGGAAGGAUUUUGACCAGCAGAGCCCUAAUCACUGACGGCUUUAACUCUAUGGUUGGAGGCAUCAUGGGCUUUUCCAUCCUCAUCAGUGCCGAGGUGUUCAGACAUUAUCCCAACGUCUGGUACCUGGACGGAACCAUCGGGAUCCUGAUUGGACUCGUCAUUCAAGCUUAUGGAGUCAAGCUAUUGGUUGACAUGAUACCACGAGUAAGACAAACUCGAAACUAUGAGCGCUUUGAGUAACGCUGGCUCAGAGGAAAAGAAAGGCAUUGUGUGGAUCCAUCUUUCCCUUUUCACUCCUGCUGCUCUCUCAACACACACGAUACCCAAACAAAUCCAGGAAUAACGUGCUGGCAGCCAAAUCAGCAUCAUAUACAUCCAGACCAGCUUCUCACGUCCUCCUUCUCUCAGCACAACUCUGAAGAGAGAAUGGAGGAAAAAAACAAGCAGUUCAAGAAAUUGGAGUCACUGGUUGUGGAGAGUCAUCCCUUUUGUUUUUAUAUUAUGGUGGAAAAUCAUUCAUAUAUACAUUCUAUCGCAUUCUCCCACCUGUUGUCUCCCCAAAUUUGAUGGCAAGGUAUGUUUUUGGUGCAAUAUUGUGUAUAUAACUUCACAGAAAGACCAGCAGUGUUUUAAGAGUGGAGGCAAUACAUAUUUUGGUGAGAAAAGCACACGGAAAUAUCCUGGUAGGCACAAUUAAAAUGUAGUUUAAAAGCACAGUUUGGGGUCAGAAACAGAGUUAUGAAAUAUUGAUUGAUUUUGAAAAAUAACUUUAAUAUUAAGAGGAACUAUAUCUGCCACAAAUGUACAAUUUAAAAUAACACCUUAUGAGAUGAGAUAAUAGUCAAUUUGACUAACCAGCACAAACUCCCUCAAAAUGAGACAUUUACAGGAUUUAAAGCUGAUUUUAUCGAACCACAAACAAACAAAAUGACAGAUUUUCAACAAAUCUGAUAUUGUAUUGCUACUUCUUUGUACUUUGCAAUCCAAUGCAAAAUAUGUCCAUUGAUAUAUUUUGCAGCUCUGUAUUUGUCUUAUUUGAAAUCAUCAAUCCGAUGGUUUCUGUGCAAAGUUUAACAAGUGGUUCCUUGCUUUGUAUUGCUAUUAUUUUUGUUUGCCUCUUGCAGUUAAAUUCAUUUCUGUGUGCCAAACAAGAGUGAUAUUAGAGAGGCCUGAAGAGUCGUCUGAAGUAGAAUUGAUUGAUUUGGGCUCCAGAGGACAGAGUGAUUGAUUGGAGUGUUGUGGUGGGUUUUUGAGGGAGGUCAUCUUAUUCCACAGUUAAGAGCAAAAUAUUGGAAAAUCAAAGCACAUUUUAGUUUCUGCAUUUUUAACAAUUCUAAUGUAUUAUAUAAUGGCUUUUUGCUUGUUUUUUUCCUAUAGAGACAGAAGCAUGAUUUAUAGGUCAUUUGUGACUAUAAAUCACGAGUGUCUAAACUCGGUCCUGGAGGGCUGGUGUCCUGCAUGUUUUAGUUCCAACCCCAAUUAAACAUACCUGAAUCAGCUAAUCAAGCUAUUUCAAGGCAAGUGUGUUGAAGGAAGUUGGAGCUAAACUAUGCAGGACACUGGCCGUCCAGGAUGGAGUUUGGACACUCCUGCAAUAAAUCCACACUAUUGUUUAAAGGUUUGGGGUCAGACUUUUUUUCUUAAAAAAGCAUUAUUAUGAUCAAAAGUGAUGCUAAAGACAUGUACCAUUACAAAAAAAAUGUAUUGCAAAUAGAUACUGUUCAUUUAAACUUUCUGUUCAAUAAAUAAUAAUGGAAAACAUUAAUCCAAAAAAAUCUAUGGAUAAUUGAGCUUGAAACUUGCAUAUUAAAAUGAUUUCUGGAGAAUCGUGAUUCUUGAAUGCAUCUGAAAAUUCAGCUUGCCCAUCAUGAGAAAAUUUUCCACUAUCACUUUAUAUAUAUAUAUAUAUAUAUUUUUUUUUUUUAAUCAAAUUUUUUUUUAAUUGUACUGACUCCAAACUUUUGUAACAUUAGUGAAUUUUAAAUGUAUUAUUUUUUUAACAACUACCAGAUAAAAAAUUUACAAGUUAUUAAUUGACAUAUUUUGCAUAACUCACUUCCCAAGCACAGAAGUAUGCGAUUUAAAUGUAAUACUCUAAAAUAAUCUUUCUUACAGCGUACACUUUGCCACUGCCCACUCCAAGUACAUUAAUUCUUAUUCCUGUUACAGAUAAACAAAGUUUGAUGUUUUUAAGCAAAUGAGCCCUGUGGCAGAUAUUUUACUGGUUCAUCUUUUACAUAAUCAAUUCUCAGCAUCAGCUAAUUUUUUUUAUAAUUUGUGUUUUUUUGUCCCGUAUAAUUGGGGCGUAAAUAAACCUGAAUGUAAACAGCUCAACUGCUGAUGUUUCUCACAGACAAUCACGAGUCCACCAAGAGCUGCAGCACAGACUCCCAAAGCCUUUUGUCUACUGCUCAAUGUGAUCUCAUCUGAAGAGGGAAGCAGAUUACUUCAUAUGUACAUUCUUAUUAUCAUCAUAUUAAUUUUGUUGGUUCUAUUUAUUACUGAUUUUUACUUAAGUGAUGCAUUUGGUGUGUUUGUAAGGCCCAAUUUGUAGUUUUCACUCAUGUGACUGGAAGGCAAAACAUUCAUAAACUACAGACGUGUCAAUUUUUGAAAACUUCUAGAAGAAAAACAACUAAAUGUAAACAGAUUGCAACUUUUGGACAUAUAAUUCACAUACAGCGCAUGCUCAAUAUAUUAAUCUCCAAAAAAAAAAUUGUAGUGUAAUAAGACCGCAAUAAUCAGUUUAGAUCAAUUUUAAUUUGAUAGUCAAUAGAACAUAAAUGCAGCAGGUGAACCCUGAAUAUGAACACGCUCUCUUAUAUCAUUAAGCAAAAUAAUUCUUUUUUUUUAUAAUCCCAGCAGACACCUUAAUGUCAAAACGACAUCAAACUGACAUUGACAUAAAAAAACACAUCUUAAAUACUAAUUAAUUUGAUGUCAGAACCUUGACAUCCAUAUGACAUUCAUACAUUGAUGCACUAUUGACCACCAAAAUAACGAAAUAACAAACAAAAAUAUUAUAAUAUAAAAACUGAUUUUAUUUGAAAACUUCAAUCACAAAUUUACACUGAUCUUUGUAUCCCUACUAUGUAUCUAAACCACAUUGCUGUCAAAAUGUCAUCAAAUUGACAUCAACAUUGGCAUCAAAAAAAAAAAAAUAAAUAAAAAAUGUAUUACUGUUAGUGUUAGAAAUCAACUUGAUGUCACUUAGAUCAGUGGUUCUCGAAGUGGGGGUCGGGACCCCCUGA